UCAUUCAUUCAUUCAUUUCAUCAUCUUCUUGGCACUUGUCUAUCACACCAGACAUAUCAAAUUACAGCUUAUCUUCUCCCUGCCCCACUAGAUAUGGAGAUUCUUUUAUUUGAACAUAGUCCUUGCACAUAGAGCCUGCAGAAAAAAGGUUUCAAUAUUCUUUUAACAAGGAAACAAAACGGUGGGAGGACAUUUUAGUAAUUGUAGUAAGGAGUGUAGAGUUCCCAUGACGUUUCUACAAGAGGCAAUCUGCCGGUCUGGGUCCUUAGGGACCUCCUCAUCAUGCUCCCCUGUCUCUCUUCACAUUUCCACAAACACUUCUCUUUUCCUCUUGCAUUCACCACAACUCUCUCUCUCCCUGUCUCUCUCUAUUAUAUAUUCACAGUCUAUUAAUCACAUCUCUCUUCAAAGUUUCACACUGUGACUGUAAGCGAGAUGGCCAGCACUAAAAUUGACAAACUAGUAUUCAUUCUACUCCUCACCUCAAUCCUUGCACCUAAACUUAUUCAAGGAAUCAAAACAGAAGGAAUGGUAUUUCAAUCCUCUCAACUCCAAACUGAACCAAGUUUUCAGGAAGAGAAGGAGGGAUGGAAGAAGAGGAAUUCGAGGAGACUGAUGAUAGGAUCCACAGCACCAACUUGUACUUACAAUGAAUGCAGAGGCUGCAAGUAUAAAUGCAGAGCUGAGCAGGUUCCUGUUGAAGGCAAUGAUCCUGUCAACAGCCCAUACCAUUACAGAUGUGUUUGUCACAGAUGAUUAUAUGAUGAUGAUGAUCAUAAUCAUCAUUAUAGAAAUUUAUAUAUUGUUGUUGUUGUUGUUAUAUAUAGCAUAAUAUGAUUCUAAUCAAGUAGUUCUAGCACUAGUGGGUUUAAUUGUCUUCUGUGACUUGUUCAUCCUUGCCUCCAAUAUCAGCAGUUGUGAGUUUCUUUUGCUGAAAGCUGCAAAAAUUUUGCAUUUUUCUUUAUUGUCAUUCAGUUUCUAAUGAGAACCACAUUC